GUAGUCCUGCUUCUCAGUGAAUCCUUACAACUAGCAACACAAAUGUAAUGGGAAUGUCAAGGUGCCACAUUUCAUAAACAUGAACAAAUCCAUUUGAGAGUUUCUCCACCGUGACCCUGUGCCCACGCUUCACAUGGAAUCUGCUGCGUUUAGCCAGGGCCACAUUCCUCUGCCCAGCAGCAUCCAGGCCCCACUAGUGAUGCUCAGUCUCAAACCUCUCAGCAGCGCGUGCACAGUCUAAUCUUUAAUUACCUUGUGUGCACGAUGGAAUAUCUCUGCAGCUUCAGCUCACCACCAGAUGCCUUUCUUCCACAACAGACUCUCAGGACAGAAGGAUUACUUUGCAUUCUUCCUUACCAUCCACUCCUCUAAUUUUCAGGAUCUCUCUAAUCAUGAGUAACAUCAAGUAGAAAUUCGGUUGCAUUAUGAUGAUUAGUUUUCAAAAUAUCCCACUAGAAAAUUAGUCCUCUCUAACAGCUUAUUUUGCAAUAUGUUAUAACUGAGAAAAUAAUUUUCACAACUAUGAAUAUUAAAAAAAAAAAGCUGGAGUAGGUUGGAGUAUGGAUCAUACUUUGUCCCUUUUUUCCUGUACAGUUCCCAUGCUUAGUUGUGAUCCCAACGUUUUCUGUUAGCUGAAGGAUGUAAAAUGUUGAUUUCUGCUGUUGCCUGUAUAUCUCGUAUCUAGAAUUCGGAGUAGGUGAACGAGCAGAAGCUCCUUGUUAGAAAGUUGGUCUGUACCGUUACAUCAGCUCUCGUGACGCACGAAGCAUUCUCUGACGUAUAGCGUAUAGGGGGUUGCUGCUCGCACUCCCAUCGCACUCCCAGGUGUUUGCACAAGGCAGCGUUCAGCCCUAGUGCCAUCAAAAUAUGGAGGGUAUUUGCAGAGGGGAGCACAUCACGCGUACACAGAAACUAAAUUCCUGUUCAGAGCAUUUAAAAUUAUGAAAGAGUCAGGUGUAUAAGAUGCUGAUACGCCUUUUAGGAAUAAGUGCCCAAUUCUUAUUGCAGGGGUGAUUCUGCUUUGUUUAGGCUGAGUUGCUUCAGGCUUUUCAUUAUUCAGAACCGAUUUGGCCCAUGGACAGAAGUCAGCAGCUUUGACAGAGUGAUCCUCAUGAAACUUUCACAAAUGGCGAGGCAGCCUAAAAGGCAGGACAAACCUUAACUCUUGAUUGAGAACAGAUUGAGAAGAAGAUAAUGGCUGUUUAGAAGGGAAGCCUCAUGUAUUUUUGAAAUGCUUUCUUGUUUGCUGUUGCUGAGAAUUCACUUAUGUCUUGUGCUGGCAGUGAACGCAUCCCUGCCCAAUUUGUGUUUAGUUCCUGAUUUCUCUGUGCUUGAAGAAAUUACAUGCUGGCAAGCUGAUUGUUUUCCAUCAAAACAAUGGAAUUAAAGACAGAGGCACAUUUUCUGGCUCCUGGAUUUGACGGCGAGUCCUCUGGAAUCAGUUCUUUGGAAGCUUGGACCUGAAACAAAAGGGAAAAAAUGUUGAUUUAACAAUCAGGCGUUCCAUCAUUGUAAUUUUACAUUGUUGUCAACAACUCUCUUUUCGCUUGUUUUGUUUUGGAACCUUGAAUCCAGGAAGCACUUAGAGCUGAUCAAGCCCUUAGGUUGAUUUCCUUUCCUUGAACAGGAAUGGUUUUUUCUUGAGAGAAUUUACACGUAAACAAGAAACUGCAGUUUCCUGUGGUGGAAGAACCCAGUGUAUUCCAGGGCACGUAACUUGAUUAAGCUUUCAAUGGCUUAAGUGUUGAAUAUUUGUUUCUUUAUUUUCUAGGCAUUUAAGUAGCAGCUUUUCUGGUGUUCUGCUACAGGUCUUGUAAUGAUAAUCUGUGAGUGUGGUUCUUAGAAAUAUUAUCUUGCAUCAGGUGAAUACCAGCAUGCACAGAAUACAUAUUAAACAGAAACAAGCAAAGAACACAUUAACAGGAUUUUUUAAAAAAUUAAUCUAAUUAUAAUAAGUAAGGAAAAGUAAUUGUAAAUAUCUGUCAGUCCCACCACUGCUUUCCAGGUCAUUUCCAUUUCUUUGAGGCGCCCAAUUAGUAAGGACUGUAUGCAAAUGCUUGCAAAGCUCAAUAGGAUUUAGGACUCUUUAAGAACAGAAUAUUAUUAAAUGCCUUAUGGAGUCUACAUGGAUUUAAGAAUGUUCCUACAGUUAGGCAUUGCUUCAGUGCUCGGCAGCAUCAAAUACCUAAUUACCGUGCUGGGCUACCGUAGUUAUUCAGAGUGAAUCUAAAUGAAGAGGUUGUGCUUCAUCCCAGAAUAAGCUAUUUAAGGCUCUAAUGAAUCAAUCUUAUGGUCAGGAAGAAACUAAACCUACCUGAAAGUAAUUGGCAUUCAUCAGCUUAUAGUGCUAUUAAUAGCAUCUUCAAAAACUACAAAGAUCCACGUUGCUCACAGGGAAAUUUGAUUGUUUCUCACAGUCUAACAAGCUUAAGAAAAGCAUGAAAUUGCAAUAUAGAAAUGCUGGGUCAAUCUAUAGAGUGCUGCAGCUCCUGCAACAUGGUUGUUACAGGGGGUAGUUCAGAAGGCUCCAGAAUCUCCUGCAUUUUUUAUUUGUUUCCUUCCUUGACCUCAGCAUCCCUGUCCUGACACUAUUGGCUGAAGAGCCUGGGAUGUCAUCAUGUUUUGUACAUUGGUUUUGGUUUGUGUGUGGCAUCUUCAGACAGGUAUGACGACUGUUCUUUUUAAAAGCAAUAGGAUCAGAAAUGGUUGCAGUAGUGUGAUAUAAAAGCACAGUGCCAGUAUAACUGCUCAGGAUAUUCCUGCAGGAGUGAGACCUUUGUAUGGCUUGAGAUAAAUAAUGAUUAAUGAAUUUCUAGUUUUUUCCCCUCGCUUUAUCAUUCAUGAUGUCGGUCCCUUGUGCUCUGCUGCUUUAGUAUCAUGACUACAGAAAACAACUUCAGCUGAAGUACCACUGAGCAUCUCCUGAGAGACAAUGCCAGUUGUGUUCUUCCAAGAAGGGUCUGAAGUAUCCUUGGGAGUGGCAUCUUUCACAGGUGGAAGUACUUAUGAAGACUUGAAGUCAAAGAUUCAGAACCAUUUGGAUCAGGCACAUUAAUCUCUUUAUGCUUUACAGCUUCUGCACUUCUCACAUCUUCCCGGUUCCACAUAAGGUGUUCUUUUUACUGAUGGAUUCUUCAUUUCACCUUGGGCUCUUUGAUCAGUGUAACUUGUUAUCUAUUUCUAUAUUAAUGCCAUAUGUUGUAGGACAACAGUUAGACUUACUAGAAUGGGUUGAAAUCUCUUCAUUUUCUGAAGCUGUGUCAGCCAGGGCAUCUACACUUAAGUCUCCUUCUGAUUUUGAUUGAUUUUCUGUGGUCUGGGCUUCCUGGGCUUCUUGCCGUUGUCAAGAGAUUGCAACAUGUCUAAGCAAAACUGGCACUUGUUGGGAAUUUAAUUUGCCUUUGAUUUCUUGGCUUGUUUUUGCAGCUGGAAGCAGGCGAGUGGAUCGGUUUAACCCCAGCCUUGCGCUCGCUAAUAAAGCAGCAUGGUAAAUCUAAGACAAACCAGAGCAUUUUAAGAAGAAAAAAAAAAAACAAAACUGAGCACUCAUGCUAUUUGUGUUUUCUUCUGGGUAUAAAAUAACAAAUAAUUCCUCACUUUGUUGCACAGUGAAAGACCCAAACUAAAGAACCUGAGGCACUCCAUAGUCCCUCACAGGGCUUUUCUGGUUUAUCCCGCGAUGAAUCAAACCUCCGAUGUGGUCACUUGUGACAGGUAAACCCAAACCCCACUCCCUCCUUCACUGUUGGGGAGGUCCCUUCACAUUUUUUCUUCACUGUGGGUGUAAAAGUGAUGAUGGGGAAAAAAAACAUCCCCAAAUCUCUGUAAAAUGAUUUCAAAGCUGUCGGCCAAGGUGCUUGAUCUUGGCUGCCUCCAAACCAGCCGCUGGGCCUGGCAGGGUCCUCCGUGAGGGGAAAACGCCGUGUGGGUGUCGGGGAAGCUCCUGAGGCCCCUCUUGACCUCAAAUUCUCCCCUGGGUGCUGGGAUUUCCGUGGAUGUUUAAAAACAUGAAGAGUAAGCGUGUAUGAGAAAAAUGGAUGUGAAAUGGGCAAAUAGGAGGAAAAGGGAAAAAUCUGUGAGCUAGGUGAAGAAAUAAGGAGGCAAAUUGAUCUUACAGUAUAAGGAAUGAAAUAAUCGCUUACGAUGAAUCACUGCCUGACCCAUGGAUCUUUAAAUAUUAAAAAAAAAUACAAAAAUGACAACCAUACAAUGAGCAUAUUCUUGUAUCUAAAAUCAUUAACUAGCACUACUGAGACCAUCUGCCGCUGCUACCAACAGUCCUGUGGUUAUAUUAUAAUGUGGCAUGAAGACUGAGCCACAAGCACUGGCCACAGGCUGGGAUUUGGGGACACCCCAACGAUUUACUCAAAUAUUUGCAUGAAAAUCUCUGAUAAAAGUUCUAGGACUGAAAGCAUCCUAGCCCUGCUAGGUGUUACUUAAUCCCUGUUAAAAACAUUCAAUCCUUGCAAAAACAGCACAACUAUUUAUAUAAGAAAAAUACUUCUAAUGCUCUUUCGUUAUCUCCACAAAAUGAGAUAUAUCUGUUUGGGUUUUUUCUCUUCCACUGUAGUCUUAACUGGGGCUUUUUUUAGCUGUCGCUCUCUCCAGAAGUGUUAAGCCAAUCACUUAGAGUCAAGAGAGACAGUUAAUGCUUAACUAAUAAAAUUGUGUGAGAGCUUCAUCAUAUAGCAAGGCAGAUCCACAAGGUCAUGAACUGAGGUAAACUCUUACAUUUUUAUUUCCUUGUUAAUAUUGUAUCUCCAUUUGGAUCCUCAUAUUAAAAAAAAACCCCAAAAAUCGCAAACCAAAAACCAAGCGCAAAGCAGCCUUUCCAAGUGUCACAUCUCUUUAGCAGAACAUGGAGCCCUUUGGAAAUUAUUCCCUGAUCUUUGACAUCAAAUGUCCUUGAUACAACUCGGGGAGUCACACAACUUGCAUCUUAAUAGAGAAAGACUGCAUAUCCUGGUUAGGUGAAGAUAAUAUUUGAUACGGAAGAUCAAUACCAUUGUUCUUAAACAGAAUACUAUUUCUUUUGUAUUAUCUAGUUCUGAUCUGGCACUUCCCUGAGAUGUGACUAAGAUAUUUUCUUGGAGAAAUAAAUAAAGUCUGAGUCAAUCACUAAUGUGAAAUGGUGUGGGAAGGUAUUUUUGAAGUAUAUGCAUGCAGAGCAAGCGUAUCACGCGAGGCUUACAGCUGUCAGUGUAAAUACCACUGUCAGAUUCGGGUAGUCACAUAUGAUUAUUACUCCUGGGUGAUAUUACUCUCUAGUGUAACACCUACACAAUUCAUCAGCUUCGGGAGAGCGGCACAGACACAAACGAGAGCAGAAGCUGACCUUUCCAAUUCACAUACUGAGUCACCACUUCAUCUUGAAAGCUGAUGUAAUUGUAAUGCACUUCGCCUUUACAUCCCUUUUAUCUUCCCACAGUUCUCAUUACUAAAAAUAAACCUGUUCUGGAAAGUUGAAGUGCACAUGUGACAGUGCCCACUUUGGAUAAGCCCCGGCUCUCAGACACUCCUCCCUGUUAAUGGUUCCAUUGUAGUUCUGCCUAAUGCUCCCAGCGCCCGCCUCUGCUUUCUCCUACAUUACCUGGGGCCAAGACAACCGAUAAAUGCAGCAAAAUAAACUUCCCAGCUCAUUGUCUGCACCAGUUUUGCCUUUUUCUUUGCCAGUCAUUUAAAUCUCAAGCAAAGAGGGGACCCAGCAUCUCUGUUCAGUUAGUUGGAAGUUCUCAGGCAGAUUUUAAAUGCAAUUUGGCACGACAGAACUGUCAGGGUCACUCCGUGCUACAUCGGCAGAACAAGAGGCUGUCUCUACAAUUUUUGAUGUCAGCUGGAAGAUGCAGAGAUGGGUCCACAAAAAAUUAUUAGGACAAACUUUUAUCCUAUGACCAUGCUAUUUAAAUCUGCAGAGGGAGAGGGAUCUGUAGGAAUGAAAACAAUGCCCGAGUGCCAUUUCCUAAGUCUGUCAACACUGAUUGUAAUGUAAGACCUUCUGCUUUUCUUAGCCUAUAGUAGAGCAACACUGUAUAGCCCUAGAAUUUACAUUAUGGCUGCUUUAUUCCCGCUGACACCUUCAAAACUAUCAUGUCACAAAAAUACUAUUUUCCAGUGAAAAGAUAAUACAUAUUUCUUUAAAGGGGCUAGCUAGAUCAGUACUAAUAAUUUGUUUAUCAGCUUUGUUGUUGACAGUUUAUUUAGAAAUGAGCCUUGGAUAAUGUCCUUAAUGUUUCACUACAAACGAAUGGACAGAUUAGACUUUCAAACUUACACGUUCAAAAUUUUGUGAACUAAAUUAAGAUAGAGAGUGGGUGGUAUAUGAAUGCCUGCCACUGCAUAUAUUAAGCCAUAGUUUCUGUAUGUGUGGCAGUGCUCGCUCCCUUCCAAGGAUUUAAGCAUUUGCUGUGUACAAAUAUUUACAGUAGGCGAAACCAAAAGAACUUCCUUUUACAAAUGGUGCCUGAUGCUUCCUAUUUUGAACUUGUGCCACAGUUUCCACAUCACAGGAGGGUGCACAAGGCUGCAGGCUAUUUGAGGGAAUGUCUGUGUGUAUGCUGGUUUAAUUUCAGUGCCCAAAACUUUCAUUUACUAUGUCUGUCUUACAUUCAUCAGGCAAGGAAGACACCCCCAGAAGUGAAAGAUGUCAGCCUUUGAUUUACCAGCUUUGGGGGAUCUGUAUUUUCAACUCAGUUACACAAACUACAUUGCUUAAAAUCACCAGUGAAGAAAGCAGUUGUUUGGUGGUUUGUUGUUCUGUAAAAUAUUACCAAAGUUGUAAAAGAAGAAGCCUGAAAAAGCAAGAGUUUAUCACAAGAAGUUAAGCAACUAAACUUACCAGAAGGCAGGGGAAGUUGAAAUCUGCUAAGGCGUUUCUAUUGUGUAAAGUAUAGCAGAUGCGAAAUUACUCCAAACAGUCGUGUUCUCCACAUGUACCACAAAGACAUAUCCAAAAUGGACUGAAUAUGUAAUCAGGUUUAACCCAAUUUAGUUUAUUAGUUCCAAUAGUUUCCCAUUAGUUAAAAAGUGCAGACUUUGCAUAUUAAUGUAAAAAAUAAAGAUCUUACUGUUUGCUGGUUUUAAAGGAAAAUUAACAUCAGUAAAAACAAGUGUUCAUUCCUUAGAAAAUUUUGAUUACAACAGUUAGAAAUGACUUUUUAAAUAAUUUAAAAGAAUGUAGUCUUAAAACUUGUUUGAACAAUUCUUUGGACUUGUUCUUUUUCUUCCUCAAAUCAGUAUGAGUGGAUGAAAACCAAACGUGUUUAUGGUAUUUUCCUAAAAUCCUCAUUUCUGGGAGGGAGGCAUGGGAAAGAGGCCUGACAAAUCUUUCCUGUAGUGUGUGUUAAAGGACAAGUGAGAUAAUAUUAAGAUCCUGGGCUACUGAUUUUAGACAUAAUCCUUUACGUUAUUGCUAUUUCAUUUUGCAAUAUCUGUGAUCAUCCUGUGAAUGUAAGACAAUGGUGUGACAAAUCACUGGGAAGCAUAAUGGUGUCAAAUUUAACACUGCUGGGAACGUUUUUUCACCCCCUACUUAGGAACAAUCUGCCAUUUAAAAUAUUUGGAACCCAGGGGCAAUAACCUAGGAAUUAUUUUCAUACUUUUUAAUAAAGGAGUUAAAGAUGAUAGUUCUACUAUAAGACGGGGGGAGCUUUUCCCUGUGUUCUGGUGUUCUUUUUUUUAACUCUUGGUCUUUACCAGGUUUACUUGUCCCAUUCUUAAUCUCAUGAGCCGCAUUUCCACUGCUGUGACUUUCAAAGGAACACCAAGUGUUGCAGAUAAAAUGAUGAAGGUGUAAAACCUCCUGCUCAGAAGCUAAAUCAGAAUCACAUGUCAACACAGUUCAGGCUCAGUCUCUGGCAGGAUGGCAGGAUCAUUGGUUUUAAUGCAAUUUACUAAUUAAAAAUGAAUACCAGAUUACGGAUAGUCUGGAAUGAAGUGAGGUGUUAAAAUAGUGUUUUAACUCCCUGAACUGUCUGCACCAGAGUUCGGUUCUCAUUAAACUAUAAUUCUUUUGAAUAUUGCUCGGCAAUUAUUAAAGACUCUUCCAAAAAGUACAAACGCGGUUUAUGUUUUAUAACCAGCCCUCUGGGUUCAGACUGGAGCUGCUUUUACUACAGACGGAAAUCUGUAGCAGGGCUGCGGCAGGUGUAUUUUAUUCAGCACAUGUACUGUAAACGCAUUACAGCAGAUUAGCUGGAUUUCUUCCUUUAAAUGUACACUGUGAGAUCCAACUUGCAAGCCAGCUGUUUCUUACCGGCCCGUUUAAUCUGCCAGAGCCCGGCUUUGGCUCUUCCUCCGAGCGGCUAUUUCUGUAACGGAUCGGACGAGGGAGCGCGCCGCUAUGAAUUUUAAUGUUUCCACCGGGGAAUCCCUCCCGCCUCCUCUUUUUGGAUGAGAUCCGCCAGGAAAGACCCAGAACACAGCGAGGAGGAGGCGGCAGCCGGUGCGGCAGUUGCAUCGGGGAAAGCGGGAAGGGGGAGCGGGGCCGGCAGCCGCGGGGGUGUAAUUAGGGAAGGUGGCGAGGACGACGCCGGGGCGGGCAGAGGGAUGGGGGAGGAAGGAUGACUCGGGGCGUAUUUCGCUGGCUGACCCCGGCACGUCAGCAGCGGCAGCCGGAGCGCCGCGGACACAUGCACCCGCCGGCAUCGCCCCGGGCCGGCCGCGACGGGGACAACGCCGACGUGAAUCCGCUGCCCCUGGGUCCAGGCGAGGGGCUGAGCCCGCGGACCGGGCGCUAGAGCCGCUCUCCAUCCGCACGCCGCGCCCCGAGAGGAGGAGCCGGGAGGGAGGGAGCCGGGCGGCGGGCCCCGGGCCGUGCGCUCGGUACCGGCACCGCCGCCGCUCCCCACAUGGAUAAGGCGGGCUCGCUGCACACCUCGGUGCCCACGCCGCCGCCCCGGCUCUACCUGCCACGCAACUUCAGCUGCAGCGCCUGCCUCUAUGGCAGCCUGGCCGAGCAGUGCAAGGGGGGCUGCAGCCCCGACGGCGACACCGCGCCCACGCCCGUGGUGCGGGAAGCGGCGGGGGAGAAGCCGGCGCCGCCGCCCCGCGGCCGGGAGCCCUCGCUGCCCGCCGUGCCCCCCAGCCCCACGCAGCGCCGCCGCGCCAAGUCGCUGCCCACGCCCGGCGACCGCAGCCUCCGGCCGGCGCUGCAGCAGAGCCCGUCUCGCCGCAAGACGGUGCGGUUCGCCGACUCCCUGGGCCUGGAGCUCACCUCCGUGCGCCACUUCUGCGAGGCCGACCUGCCGCAGGUGCCGCUGCCCGCCCCGCCGCCGCCGCGCACCGCCGACCUCUUCAAGACCAGGAAACCGCCGGCGCUGGGCGAGCUGGAGCCGGUGCUGUUCGGGCCGCCGCCGCCGCUGCUGGAGCCGCUCUUCCCGCCGCAGCCCGGCGCCAGCCCCGGCUUCGCCGAGCGGGUGCGGCAGCACAAGGUGAGGCUGGAGUGGGUGCGGGCCGAGCCGGCGGGGCUGCGCGGCGCCGUCCGCGUCCUCAACCUGGCCUACGAGAAGGCCGUGUCGGUGCGUUACACGCUCAACCGCUGGGCCAGCUGCGCCGAGGUGCCCGCCGCCUACCAGCCGGGCGGCCCUGCGGACGGCCUGACCGACCGCUUCGCCUUCCUCCUGCCCCUGGCCGCCGCCGAGCCCACGCUGGAGUUCGCCGUCCGCUACCGCGUCGCCGGCGCCGAGUACUGGGACAAUAACGAGGGCGCGAACUACCGGCUGCGGGGCCGGCAGCGCUUCCCGCCCACCCCCCCGCAGGACCCCGAUAGCAGCGCCUGGAUCCACUUCAUCUGAGGCGCGGGGGGCGCCGCCUCCUGAGGGAGCCGCUGCCCGCGGGGGAACGAGGAGCCCCGUGGGGCCGGCGGGCCGGUCCUGCCCCCGCUGAGGGCCCAGGGCCGGCGAGUCCCCUCGCAGGAGCGUUCGGCACCUCCUCGGCCGCCCUGCCCGCCCGGGGGUCGCAGCCCAGCGCAGGCCUCCUGUCCAGCCGCUUCUCCGUAAGUCGCUGGAAGACAUUUUUCUGAAUUUUGUUUACAGAUGGAUAAUAUAUUUUCUAUUUCACUAGCGAUGUCGAGGGGGAACCUUCCAUGCUGUGGCGGGGGUGUGGGCAGGGAGCCCGGGGACACCUUGGUCCCUGCUGCCCAGCCAGGCUCUGCGGACGGGGGCUGCGGGGGAUUUGCAGAAUUUGCUGGCCAGGACCAGGAUCCACAGGUGCAAACAAAUGCUGUCGGGUGCCCGGGGUCAGGAUCAACUGCUGUCACCUCUGGAAACACAGGGAGUGGGGUCACAGAGUGUCUGUCCAACUGUCUGGUUUGCCUAAUCCUGCUUAAGCAAAGCCUGGCUCUGGCGAGGUGCUGGGCCCGUGUUCAGAGCCACCCUGGCCCAUUCGUGUUCAUUGUCCUGCAGGGUUAAGGGUCAGAUCACAGUUACGAUCCAAAAGCCAAGAGUAUGGAUGCUCCCAGGUGUAAUUGUUUCAUUAUGCUGUGAAAAGGAUUGAUUGGUUCAAAGCAAAGAUAUAUUUCUUUUAAAAAUUUUAACUCAGCUGUGUUUAAGCGUAUUUAGAAAAGAAAAAUAACGUCACGUAGUAAUUGAAAUGCACCCCACUGGGAGAUGUUAUAAAGCCUAUGCUUUGUGUUAUAAUUCGCCUGGUAUGUUGUUGUAAACGUGUGUCAGGAUCUGAUGGUUGUUUCCGUAAGAUUGGUCCCAAAAAGCUGCUUGUGCUCAGGUCAGCAGGAAAGUCGUGGAAUUGCACCGAAGGAACUAGAGAUGUCAAGGGCUGAAUCCAUAAUUUCGGUCUGCACCCCAAGCAAUACUUUCAGUUCUAUUUCUGUUAACAGUUUAAUUGAAUUUAUUGUGCUUAGGUGUCAGUGCAGGAGCCUGCUUUCCGAAAAACAAAAUGCUCCAAAUUGUUCAUAAUAAUUUCAGUAAGUGGCAGAUUUCACAAAGCUGGCUAAGUUUAGUCAGACAAAUUGAAGAGAGUCAUAUCGUGCCAGAUAAGAUAUAUCAACGAAAAUUGCAGAGCUUGCUGACUUCUGCCUUCAGAGAUACGUUAUGAAUUGUAUUAGCAGUAAAUAUAGUAUUUUCCCUUUUAAACUUGAUUUUUCAAGAGUUUGGCUGAACACAGGUUGUGCUGGUGCUAAAUCGGGUGCAGAUUUUCCAGGUUGUAGAGAGGGAUGUGUUUGCACCGGUGUCAGUGUGAUAUGACUCUGAAGGGCUGUAAGAUCAGGUCUUUAAUGUUUUGGAUCUUCUGUGGAUUGUUUAGGAAAGAAAUGUGAUUUUUAACUGUGGUUUUGUGUCCCUUGAAUGAGUCAAGUGUCCCAAACAGUUUAAGCAAUGUUGAGUUCUCACAGAACUUUUUGAUGUUGGUGGAAGUUGAGAGCACUUUUGCCUCCCAAGGGUCUGGUUGAGUCAGAAUAAUUAAAGUUACAAAUUCUGGGAGGGAGAAAAAAAGGUCUGGAAAGUUGGCAGGAAAACAGUAUUUCAUUAAAUUUCUCUAGACUACUGUUUCUGAUUUAAUAGAAAGAAUAUCAAGAGUAGGCUUUCUGUGGUAUUAGUAACUUGGUUUUAAUUUUCCAGUAAGUUUUCUAAUCCCUUUGUUUUUAAUAGAAAGAGAAUAUGAAAGAAAUAUGCUGUCAAUAUCUCCUGAGUAUUUAACAUUUUAGAAUAUUAAGGCCCUGAUCAUGUAAUAAAGCAAUCCUAUAUCUUGCUAGUACAUAUUUAUACAGCUAGAACUGCAGAACUAGCAUCUUAAAAUGUUCAUGGUUAAAGCGUAUUAAGUGGUAUAUUUAAUAAAGAAAGCCCAAGUGUCUUUUAGUUCAAGUUAUGGUUUUUAUAAGAGCCUUAAUACCGGAGAGAAGGAAAAGGACUUGUCUCCAUUUGAAAGCACUUUGCAAUCUGGUGGAACUAUAGCCAAACCUCUAUUAUUUAUGUGUUAUAGCUUUCUAAAUCAUUUCUUGCUUGGCCUUUUUCACCCAAAUAGUGAACCAACAACUGUCCCGUAGAUUGAUGAAAAUGCUUGGAGGAAAAACAGUUUCUAGGCAUUUUGCUUAUAAAGAUUUAACAAGUGUUCGUGUUUUAAUGGCUUUAGAAACACGAACGGUGCUAAAACCGUUUUAAACAGUGAAUAACUCUAAUUCUAGAAUUUCAAAGUAAUUUUCCAGUGAAUGGCACUUUUCCUUGUGGUUUGAUUUCUGCAGCAUCUGCAGGUUUCUAAUCAUUAAAAAACCCCCAACCUCCUUAUAGCAACUGUGGCUUAAACUUUUCAGGUUUGGAAUUCCUGAAUGGAUGUACAUGCAUCGCAUACACUAGCAAGUUAUUGUAUUACCCAUUUUUUUUAUCACGACUUAGGUGAAAUUGCUGUUGCUCUCGGUUGACAUUUUGUUGGCAGAAUUGGGCUAUGGCUUUAUAGAUAUUAUUGCUCUUUUAUUUGUGACCCCCUUUGUCAAACACAAAUCUGAAUAUUAAACCUCUUAAGGAUGGAGCGUACCAGAAGAAUGGUUUGCAAAGCAGAGACUCCUGAGCUUUCAGCAGUUAAGCCUGUCCUGAACACAUCAUUUUGUGAGUAACUUUACGGGCUUGAUCACAGAUUAUCAAUGAUGUAUGUGCAAGUCCAGUAAAAUAUAUGAUCUUCUAGAAGUUUAUAUAAAAACCUGCUUUUUAAAGCCUGGCAAGGUAAGGUUGUGCCCAGUCACCUUCGACUAGGCAAUGCUAUUGAUCAAGUCUGUGGAAGAAUUUCUAGGUGUUUUAAUAGAAAUUUAUCAGUGGUAUAUGCCAAAGCUGCGCUACAUCGGUUACACAUUUUCACUUCUAUCACAUCAAUUUAUUUCCAAGCAAGAUUUAUUCAUAUUUGCAGGAACAUGUUCAGUUGCAGUGGUCGGGAGUGCUUUUUCCUCUGGCCGUGUUCAUGUGCAGUUUCCAGUCCUUUAGAUUUCAAUCUGUUGCUUGCUAGAAGCUUUGUGAUAAACAGAAAUGAAAUAAAAUUCCCCAAUAAUGAUUAUAUAAUAUUUAUACAAGUGAUGACUUGGAGGAGUUAAAACUGUGGUGGAGAGGAGAAUUUUCCUGUUGGCGGGAUGUCAAUCGUUUUAAUGGGAGCAGGAGCAAACCAACUUUUAAAAAUUCCAUUUCUGAAGAAUAUAGUUCCACAAAACAAACUUUCACAGGCAAAGUGAAAUAUUUGAGAAUUUUUAAGCCAACCUUUUCCUGGGAAAAAAUAUCAGCUCUUUGUAUUUUUAUUUGCGUGAAUAGAACCCACGCCACCUUCCUUUCCAAGUGAUACUAGAACGGUUUAGGCAAGGCAAUAAUCCUGGGGUCCUGUACUUCAUUUUAGAGUGAAUCAUUCAUUGCUUGUGUCUCUGCAGAUGUAAAAAUGUCUGUCAUUUAUUGUGCACAGUUGUAGCUUUAUGAAAUGUGCCAUGCUAUUUUAUGUGCAAUAUAAUGAUGCAGUGAGUCAAAUUGUACUCUAUGUCUCAUAUACAUUGAUGUUUGCUGCUUCACGCUUCAACGGGUAGAUUUUUUGCAUGUGAUUCUAUGCCUUUCAUGGCAAUAUUUUUGAAAUCUACCCUAAUAAUUAGAAAUCCUAAGAGUAAUCAGAACUAUUCAGUGACUGUAGAUGGAAUUUCAGCUAGGUAAACAUAUUACUAUUUAUUAGCCUACAAUCAUCAACUGAAGCUGUCGUACUCAUUUCAAAUAAAUGUACAUAAUUUCAGGUAAUUUAUUUUUUUCAUCUUUUACCAUUUGCAAGUAACUUUUUGAUGCGGACAUGCGUGCCCGGGUGUCUCAGAAACAACAGAAUAGGUGCACGCUCUUUGUUUCAGCCUGUGUGAGGGGAAAAUGUGUCACUUGAGUGAACAAAUGUCUGUUCAUGCAUAAGCGUGAUCUCUUUACAGACACAUGAAAUGUUUUUCCGCAGCACCAACAGGCAAACAUCUGCUAAUUCUGUAUCUUCAUGUAAAGUCACCCACAGAAAUACACAGAAGCUGCUUUUUAACAUAUUGUUAAAGAAAUGUUUAUGUGCCUUUCAGCAUUUCCUAGGAAGAAAUCUCACGUGUUCCUUAGCUCUCUUACCAAAAGUUCGAUAACGGCUUUGUCAUUAAAAAUAAGUUUAUACUAAAAAUAUAAUAGUCAGUUCUAAUUCUUGACACAUUCUCACUUGUGCUGGAGAUCCUGUAUCUGUAGCAGCCAGAAGAAUUCGAUAAUAUUUUCUCUUAUUACAGUGAAAUUACAGUCAGAAAGAUGUCUUCCUGGUACACCUGUGCAAUUCUGUACUUAAGCAAAAACCACCAACUGUGACUAUAGUUAAUAUAACAAAAUAUAUUUAUUGUAUAUAUUCACUUACACAGAUAUUCUAAAUAUAUAUUCUAUCUGAAACCAGAAGUUCUAGUUUUUUAUGAAAUCAAUUUGUGGAGACACGGUCUUUUCAGCUUUUACUGUUAUUUUUGAGCACUGAAAUUAAGGUUUUUCGAGCAUAAAUCGUUUAAGGUUAGAAGUAAGUAUAGUCAUUUUUGCUGUGAAAUAAUUCUUUUUUGAAAUAGCCUUAUGUAGAGCUGUUCAGUAUUUCUUCUAAAUGGAAGAUGGUGACGUUUUUCCAAAUGAAAUCUGUUCAGGGAACUGUACCUGUUUCAAUAGGAAGGUUUGAAUGGUGAAGCGAUAGGAGAACAAGGGACCCCCUUAAAUCCGUGUGUGGGGUUGAGCACAGCUCUGCCCUGAGCAGAGGGAACGCUGAGCUAUACAACAUUGGCUAUCAGUUGGUCUCUUCCUUUAUCCAACUUUAAAAUACAACUUUUAUUUUCCAGAGGGGAUUUUUGACCCUGGAUUUUCCCAUGUUGUAUGAAUAUCUUCUUCAUCCAGCUGUCCUGGCUUUUGUUUGAGCUUUCUGUUGUUGACAAAGUCCUGAUUUUGUUUUUAUACAACAUAGAUUAUUUUACAUUACAUUUUUGGGGAAGUGGCUGGAAAGCUGUUUUCCUUUCACUUUUAGUUUUUUAUUCUGCGUGCUAUUGUAUAUUUUAAAAUGUCCUUGAAAUAACACAUGCACUAGUGAUUCCAAAGAAUAUAGCUAGGAAAAAUGUCAAAUGUGAGAUGUGCUUUUUAAAAACGUAUGUGCUUUGAUUUAGUAAGGCAGGGAAAAAGACAUAGUCUCCCUUGCAGUGUAUUAAUACCAGGGAUUUCUUUCUAUGCAAUAUUAUGGUGCACCUGUUUGUUGUUGGUUUCUUUUAUUUGUGGGUUUUUCAUGUGUUCGGUUCUUUUGUUUCUUUGUUAACGAUUAACGUGAUCGGUAUAGUUGUUGUACUGGUGUAUUGUGUAUAGAAUGUUCUGUUAAAAAUGUCACUAAGGAAACUGAAUGUCUUAAAUAGUAUUUUAUAUUUAGGCUCUUUUUUUGUCCAGUCUGACUUCACUAAAUCACAAUCCUACUCCUUUGAAUAACAAUAACAAGACAAUAUUUCAUAAAACUGUGUAAUGAAGUCUCCUGCGUUACACUAUACUCUUUAUCACCUUCCAGGACAAAAAGUUGUGUUACUGUUGUGAGUUUUAAAGUUUUUGUAUCUCUGUAUUUAAAAAAUAAGCCAAAUUGUAUGAUAAUUUUAAAUUCAAAGAGCUAAUAUACAUAUAUGUUUUUAAAGCUGAUCAAAAGUAGUAAAACUAUAAUUGGUUGGGAUUACUCCCAAGUGAAGUUUCUAAACUGUGGUAUAACAAACGUUUGUGUAUGUCCUGUAACUGGCUUGGUUUUAAGGUUGAUGUAAAAUCAGUAUUGCUUGGGUGCAAAACCUGCCUGCGUCUGGACUGGAGUCCAGGGGGCACUGCAGGGACAUCGACUGCUGUGCCAGAAAAUUACUGUUCUUGGCGUGGUUUAAGCAAACCGAACUCCCUUACAGUGUUACACAGAUUAUUUCUCUCUGUAAUGGAGCUGCUGUCUGUUGAGGACAGUGUAACAUGCAAGUUUUUAUCACUGUUUCCUUGAAUUACCUUGAAUUGUCUAAAAACCCCCACCAAGUUCUUCCUUAACUAUGUACUUAACUAGGAAAUUACUUUUGGUUGUGGUUUCUUCUACAAUAUUUAUAUUUUACCAAGUAAUGUUUGUUUCUAAUGUUUGUAAAAAUAAUGUAAUGUCACCAAAUGUUCAAAAUCAAUGUUUUCUAAUAAUGCCUUGUAAUUUACCUAGCCUUACAGUACUUCAGACUAUUUUCCACCAAAACUGCAUCUAGUCACUGGUUGUCACAGUUAUGAAAAAUAUAUAUUUAUAAACCUGUAGCUUCUAGCUGUCAUUAAAGGUUAAUGAUACAAAUUGUGA